GGUUGAGAAGCGUCACUUGCCGACGGCAGCUGGGCCGAGAAGCAUCCAUCCAAACACCUAUUCCGAAGCUCGAGAACAAUUCUGAGCAGAGAGGAGCGCGUCUGCAUCCCUACUGUGAGGACACCUGAGAGCAUUCCAAGCGAGGGGAGGGGAAGCAACAUUUUCUAGGAUGGAAAUCUGCUCCGACAACUUGUUCUCCAUGAACUGCAGGACAAUGCACUGCCAGUGGAUGUCACAGGCAAUGGGAGCGGCCGCGGAGAAAAGCGGCCAUCCGGCGUACCAGCCGUUGCACGAACUUAGAAUUCCUGUCGUGGACCACGCGUCUUCGUCACCACCGGCCGCCAGGAGUUUCCCGUCCGUUGAGGACGAGGAAGCGCGCCACGGUCCCCUGAAUGACUUCACUGGAGGAGCCUCACCUGCCAACAGUGAAAUCCGCGCCACCUUCUCCAUAUUCCGCGAGACAGUACCAACAAACGAAGCCAGCCUCUCAGUGCGUUCACCUUGCAAAAUGCCAGUGGACACAAGCUCAGAUAACAUCGUUCCACAAGAGGACCUCUCCUUUCAGAACACAAUAGAUCAUAAGAGGGAGCCACCUUCCAGUCUCUAUGGAGGACAUGUUAGCCAUCAGUUUUUCGGACUUUCUGUGCAGCCACGCCCACUGUCUAAGACCAUGGCCGGCGACGUUUCAGAUAUUUCUCCAGAAUGCGAGAAGCCAACUGAGCCGCCUAUGCCUAAAGGCAACAAUGAUGUCCUCAGAGACACAGACUCGGACUCAGAACUUGACGAUUCUGACGACGGCGAUGGUGACGGCGGCGGCACCCCUGUGCAGCCAUCCAACCAGGAACGGCCAGGCUCACCCAUCCGACGUCCAACCUAUACUCAUCUGUCGGACGUUUCUAAUGAUUCAGUAGAUGAUGCAGGUGGAAAAAAACAACCAGCAGCUUCAUACCCUAAUCCCAAGACGUGGAAACCGAUCGGGACUGCACAUGGACAACCCUUACCUAAUUUCAGCUAUUUUUUUGCAAAUCAUCCCCGCCAUACAAAUGACACGCCCAGUACCGUUUCUACUGCAGUACUUGAAGAGUACGUUUUCAAGGUAUUGACCCAGACACUGCCGAAAACCAAGUUAUCGAAACUCUUGUCGAGAUUGCAAGCUCGACUGAACGACAAUACUCCAAAUAUUAAAUCGGGAAAGGCUUUCGUCCGUGAGCUUCACAGCUCCAACGGCGCACAGCCAUCUGUCUCUCAAAAGUUCGGAAACAUCAGUGAAGACAGAGGCCAAUCCGUGACCAGAGAAGUAACUCGCGAUGAACAGCACCUCAGAAGUCUCAACGACGAACAUGAAAUCGUAGAUCAUUCUCAUGAUGACGAGGAGAACGCGGCAGGAUCACAGGAGGAAAAGCACCAGGCACCUGAGCAAUCGUCACCGCCUGAGGAGCAACAGUUCCAGCAGAAUGCCAUCAUCCAGCUACACGUCGACCAGAUGCAGCCUGGAAAGCCUCGAGCGAUGUAUUCGCUACCAGAAAAGCCUCCGGCAAUGGGCGCUGAGGCUUGCACACCUGCUGUGCACAAUUCUCCCAAGCCGGCAGAGGAAUUAGUGUUACCAACUCAUUUCAAUGAAGUAGGUGUGCAGUCAGCUGCAUUAUCAGAAGAGGCAGUCGUACAACUCCCACCACAGUCUCCCAUGGAGCUCUGUUCACCUCAACCAUUCUCCCAUGUCCAGCACAGCAACACAGAAGAAUCAGCUGAAAAUGGAUCAGGGCCUGUGGUACCAUCAGCGGAGCUAGUCUCAGGACUCCCUGCACAGCUGUCAUCUUCCUCACAUGAUCAUCCCAUGGAGCCGAUUUUUGUGACUGAACCAUCUGCGUUGUUCCCGGAACCUGUACCACAACACUCACCCCUAUUGGAAUCAGAGUCCAUGCCGGGGACAUCCCGAAGCGUGGUAGCGUUCUUCUCCCGCCAGGCCCCUGCACAGCAGGAUGUGGGUGAAGAACAUGUCAGGGCCUUCGAGAGGAAGAGCAGAGAACCAUGGGACCACAAAGGUCUUCUCCGUUUUAUUGCUCUCAAUGCUUUUACCUUGCCUCAUCACGUGUGGAUUGAACGUGAAGAGGGGCAGCCAAGGCGGAGUAUGCGCAUUGCCAUGAAGAAACAAGUCAAAACAUGUGCCCUACGUGAGAGACUGUCUUGAAAUUCAGCAUCAGAUCAGAGAAGUGGCUGAUGCUGAACUAGCAUUGGCGCAGAAAUCGCCAGUCAUAUCUUUGUCUGUAGCGUAUUACCGAGAUAAUAUGUGUGUUUUGAUAUCAAAUAAUGCCAAAGAAUGUAAACAUGUGUUCAGAUAGCUGAUGUAUUUACACUUAACGUUUCUAAUUUAGUGGUAGACAGGUAAAUGUGUAAUAGCCACAAUAUAUGGGAUGAUCUGUGUGAAUUAAUUUUGUCACUGUUGGUUUCUAGAUUUAUACUGUAGCAGUUGCAGUUGUUUUCUCAGCUGCUAAUUUGGAAAAAAGGAAGAAGACUUAAACGUAUCACGCUUUUCAUAAUGUAAUA